UUCAGGAAAAAAAAACGGUGUUCAUUAACAAGGAGGCCUUCCCAGGAUCAUUGACAUGAGUUCCCGAGCAGGGGACAGAGAGACAAAGCACUGAACGCCCUGAGCGCAUUAACCACAUACGCAGUAGAACCUGACAUCACUUCGGGCCCGCACCAAAAUGCAGCGUCUACGUGUGUGCCCUGCGUUCCUAUGCAUCCUACUCUGCAUUACGGCUGGUGUAACCUCAGCAAAUCCUAAAAAAGCUGAUGUUCGCAGUGAGUUUACGGCUGUUGUGCUUCGACAUGGGGCCAGAGCGCCUCUGGGAACGUUUCCGAGGGAUCCAAAUAAAAACCACCAGUGGCAAUAUGGUUUUGGCCAAUUAACCAAGGAAGGAAGGCUAGCUAUGUACAAGUUAGGGAGGUAUCUUCGAAAGCGAUACGGCUCAAGCUUGUCUUCUGACCCACGUGAAGUAUGGGCUCGAAGCAGUCCCGAACCAAGGUGCUUUGACAGCGUGGCAUUGCUCCUGUAUGGUAUGUACCCGGUUAAAGAAGCUUACCAAAAAUGGAAAGCGGGACGAGAUUGGCAACCAGUACCCAUCAUGAGCCUGCCCAAGCAUAAUGACAAGUACACGUUUAAUUGCCCCCAAAUGAUUACGGCAAUGUUAACGAAACUGCAGUCCUCGAGCAGCAAUGGGAAAAACAGUCCUGUUAACCUGGUGGCGCAAUUGACAGGCCUUUUACCGAAUGAACCCAGAAAGCUUUUAGACGCCGUAGAUGCUUUUUUGGUGCAACAUGAAAAUAAUCUUACACUACCUGAUGCGCUGAAGAGCCGUUUACCAAAACUUACCGAAUUAAAUCACCAGCUUUACCUUAUGCUUGGAGCUGCACUCUCGCCAAUAAUGGGUGGUGAAAUCUUGAGAGACAUCGCUCUUAAGCUACAGUCCUUCUUUGAUCCAAGUUCAACAAGAAAAUCCCUGGCCAUCAAAGGAUUUGCUCCGUUGGAUAUCCCAAAAAGCGACACCAGGCAAAAGAAACUCCACCUGUAUUCUUAUCACGAUCUGAAUGUAAUCGCUGUGAUGUUUAGCCUGAACAACGCUUUGAAGGAACGACCUCCUUACGGAUCUGCAGUUCUCUUUGAGGUUAAAAAACUAAGUGGUGAAAAUGAACGUCAAAUCGAAGUAUUCUACAAAAAAGGGACCGAUGAUCCAGUUCGUGUUACUAUGAGUGGUUGCCCAGUUCCGUGUACACUCACCAAAUUUAACGCGUUCAUAGAGAAAACUUUUCAUCCUGUAACUGCUGAACAGUGUGGAGUACUCAAGGAGCAGUUUGUAGUGCUCUGAUAUUUGGUGUCUGCCACUUACACAGGAGCACAUAUGAAAUCUGUAUGACAUAUGCGCUAAUAAAAUGGUGAAGGGAG